AUGUCAAAUAACGCUCUUAUUGAAAAAACAGAAGAUUCAUCCAUGUCAACUUUAGUCGUCGAUAAAGAUGACUGGAAGUGGCCAUGCUUUGAUGAAUGGUAUGAUGAACAUUAUGAUAAAAUGGAACGUAGGGUAAAAGUUGAAAGUAUCAACAUCAUUCCCUUCGUUGUCAUCUAUCCACGUAAUGGUAAACCGUACGUUGAAGUGAGUUCCCCGAAAUUGAUGAAAAUCUUGCGAGAUAUCCUUCCAAAUAAAAAUACAUUUGACGAAGUUGACGAUGAUAACCCCAAAGUAUCAGUAAAAGCUCAAGAGUUAUUUCAUGUAAUGGAAAAAUUGAAAGAUACUAUUCAAAACACGACUGAUCUGGAGAACGUUGUCAACUUAAAACGUCUGGUUCGGUUUCUUGAACAAGAAUUUAAGCAAACUAUAAAGGCUCGUGAAAUAAUGAUUGCACAUAAAAAAGUUUCGUAUGAUAUGUUAUGGGUGUUCUAUACUGAAAAAUUGGAACAGAUUGGAGGUAUCAUUUCCUCAGUAGAAGAGAAAGUAUUACGUACUGGCAAAAAAAUAUUUAAGAUAUAUAUUAAUAUGAUCAAAUAUGAUGGCGUUGGAUUUAAACGCUGCCAAAUAGAACGCAUUAUCGAAUAUUUCAAUGGUGAUGUGAGCUUCUCUGAUUUGCCUGUUGUUCCAAUUAAACUUUCGACUGCCGAAGAGUUUCUCAAGGAAAGCAUAAUUGAAAAUGGUAAACAUUUCUUUAAGCUUACUCAAGGAAACAACUAUAUGAAUUAUGAAGGCCCAUUAUUGCGCGUGCGAAAUAUGUAUAUAGAGAAAAUUAGAGCUGACGGUCGUGUCAUGAUUGACAUUCAAAGUUUUUCAACUAUGAAUCCCGAUUAUCCAAUGGGCAAUGACAAACCGCCAAAUAAAUGUGAUAUUAAAAUGUCUAAAGAAAAGGACUCUUAUCUCAAAACUGAUGAUCUUGAUAAAGAUGAAAGCUAUUUCCUCGCUCCUGCUGUAGUAUAUGGAUUUAGUUUUACUAUAAAAGAAUGGGGCUUGUUUGAAGUCUCAAAAUUUUCGGAUAUUAUUUUUGAUUCUGAUGCUCUAGAUCAUAUCGUAAUGCCUCAAAAUAAGAAAAAUAUGCUUGAAGGGUUGGUGAGUCAAUAUCGUGAUCCAGCCCACACGAUUAGUUGUAAUGGACUUGUAAAUGGUGUAAAUGGUAUAAAUAUGCCAGAGAAAUCUUUAGAUCCCAUUACCAAUAAGGGUAAUGGAUGUAUUUUCUUAUGCUAUGGUCCACCUGGUACCGGAAAAACUUUGACAGCUCAAAGUGUAGCUGAGUAUCUAAAACUACCAUUAUGGAUACUCACAGUACGUGAACUUGGAUCAACUCCUGAAUCGUAUUUAUUAUUUUACUUUAAUCAUUAUAAAACUUAUACUGUACUUAGUAAUUUUGCUAAUAUUGCCACAUUUAUUCUUUUCUGUAAUAGACUAGAAAGAGAGUUAGUCAAGGUUCUAGAUAUUGCUUAUACAUGGAAGGCUGUCAUUUUACUCGAUGAAGCCGAUAUUUACCUCGAAAAACGUAACACGGUUGAUCUUGUUCGUAAUACAAUGGUUGGAAUAUUUUUGCGUUUGCUGGAGUACUAUCAAGUUAACAUGUUUCUCCAUUAUCCCAAACUCGAUCUUAAUGGAAGACGUCAAAUUUGGUCGAAAUUUAUCAAGCGUGCCGAUUUGCCUCUCAAUGCUGAUGAUUUUGCUGAUUACGAUUUGAAUGGUCGUGAGAUCCGUAAUGUUCUUCACGCUGCAAGAUUGUUGGCAAAGAAUAAAGGUAAAACGUUGUCUGCAGAAAACGUAAUUGAUGUUAUAAGCAUUGUUCAAGAAUUUAAGCAAGAAACUAGUGAAAUGAGUGAAGAAUAA